AUUUCAGCUACAGAUCAGAAAUAAAUAAAUAAAUACUCAAAAAUCAGAAAAAAAAUAAAUAAAUAAAUAAAUGGCAGAAAAUGUUGAAUCGAAGGAAAAUCAAAAUGGCAGGCACCAAGAAGUUGGGCACAAGAGCCUUCUCCAAAGUGAUGCCCUUUACCAGUAUAUCCUUGAAACAAGUGUGUACCCGAAAGAGCCGGAGCCAAUGAAAGAGCUCAGAGAAAUUACUGCCAAUCACCCAUGGAAUAUUAUGACUACAUCUGCUGAUGAAGGGCAGUUCUUGAGCAUGCUAUUGAAAUUAAUAAAUGCAAAAAACACAAUGGAAAUUGGUGUGUACACAGGCUAUUCUCUAUUGGCUACAGCCCUAGCACUUCCUCAUGAUGGAAAGAUAUUGGCUAUGGAUAUAAAUAGGGAGAAUUAUGAGUUGGGUUUGCCGGUGAUUAAGAAAGCUGGUGUUGAACACAAGAUUGAUUUCAGAGAAGGUCCUGCUUUACCUGUUCUUGAUGAAAUGAUUCAAGAUGGAAAAUAUCAUGGAACAUUUGACUUCAUAUUUGUGGAUGCUGACAAGGACAACUACAUCAACUAUCACAAGAGGCUAAUCGAUCUUGUUAAGAUUGGUGGUGUGAUCGGCUAUGACAACACCCUAUGGAACGGUUCCGUGGUCGCCCCACCAGAUGCACCGUUGAGGAAGUACGUUAGGUACUACAGGGACUUCGUGCUGGAGCUCAACAAGGCACUUGCAGCUGAUCCGAGGAUCGAGAUUUGCCAGCUUCCGGUCGGUGAUGGGAUUACCCUGUGCCGCCGCCUCACCUGAUUAUUAUCACCCGCUUGGCCAUUGUUUUUCGAAAAAAUGAACUUGCCUAUUGCUUUGUUGUUGUUUGUGUUUUUAUUAGUGUUGUGGUUUGUAUUUGUUGUCUUGGAUAAAGACUAUAAUUUGGAUGAUGAGUAAAUGACGAAUCCAAUUAAGUGCUUCAAAUUUGAUUUUUUUUAAAUAA